AUGAAUAUCUUAGUUUUAGGUAAUGGUGGUAGAGAGCAUGCAUUAGUUUGGAGGCUAGCUCAAUCAGCAAGUGUUGAGAAGGUUUAUGUUGCUCCUGGAAAUGGUGGUACUGCUUCUGUAUCAGAAAGUAAGGUAGUUAACGUACCAGAAUUGAGUCCUGCAUUGGAGAACUUUGAAAAGUUGGGUCAAUUUGCCUUGGAAAAGGGUAUUAAUUUGGUUGUUCCUGGUCCAGAACAGCCAUUGAUUGAUGGUGUAUCUGAGGUUUUCCGUAAGAUCGGUAUUCCAGUUUUUGGCCCAUCAUACAAGGCUGCUGAUUUCGAAGGGUCCAAGACUGUCUCUAAGAAUUUCAUGGCUAAGCACAAUAUUCCUACUGCAGACUACGCCAGCUUCAGUGACUACGAGGAAGCAAAGAAAUACUUGGACGUUGUGAACCACAAUGUCGUUGUCAAGGCGGAUGGUGUGGCUGCUGGAAAAGGUGUGUUAAUCCCAACGACGAAGCAGGAAGCUCACGAUGCUUUGAAGACCGUUAUGGUGGAAUCUCAAUUCGGUUCUGCUGGUGACAGUGUCGUCAUUGAAGAGUUCUUGGAAGGUGACGAGAUCUCCAUCUUGACAAUUUCUGACGGUUACUCUUACUAUAACUUCCCACCAGCUCAAGACCACAAGAGAGUUGGUGAAAAUGACACUGGUUUGAACACCGGUGGUAUGGGAGCCUACGCUCCGGCUCCAGUUGCUACCCCAAAGAUUUUGCAACAGAUCGACUCUGAGAUUAUCAAACCAAGUAUUGACGGUAUGAGAAGAGAUGGUGUGCCAUUUGUUGGUGUUUUAUUCACUGGUAUCAUUCUAACUAAGAACGGUCCAAAGGUCUUGGAGUACAAUGUCAGAUUUGGUGAUCCUGAGACUCAAACUGUUCUCCCAUUGUUGACUGAGGAUACUGAUUUGGCACAAGUGUUUUUGGCUGCUGCUGAACACAGGUUGGACUCUGUAGAGAUUAAGAUCAAAGAGAAUUCCUACGCCACUACCGUUGUUCUAGCAGCUGGCGGCUACCCUGAAAGUUACGCGAAGGGUGAUGAGAUUACCAUCGAUGAAAAGAGCUUGCCAAGUGAAUCAUACGUUUUCCACGCUGGUACUGCUAAGAAAGACGACGGUUCAAUUGUCACUGCCGGUGGUAGAGUGAUCGCUGCUUCAGCUGUUGCUCCAACUCUGAGAGAAGCAGUUGACAAGGCAUACCAGGCUGUCGAGUGUAUUAAAUUCAAGAACAGGUAUUUCAGGAAGGAUAUCGCCCACCGUGCCUUCAAGGCUGCUGAUCAAAAUGCAAACGGUAUCACGUAUGCCGACUCUGGUGUCUCUGUCGACAACGGUAACCUAUUCGUACAAAAGAUCAAGGAUAAGGUUAAGUCUACUAGAAGAGCAGGUGCAGACUCUGAUAUUGGUGGAUUCGGUGGGUUGUUCGACUUGAAGAAAGCUGGUUACGACGACAUCGCCGACACAUUGUUAGUUGCUGCCACCGAUGGUGUCGGAACAAAGCUAAUCAUCGCUCAAGAAACCAACAUUCAUGACACUGUAGGUAUUGAUUUGGUUGCCAUGAACGUUAACGAUUUGGUUGUCCAAGGUGCUGAGCCAUUAUUUUUCUUGGAUUAUUUCGCUACUGGUGCUUUAGAUAUCAAAAUCGCUUCCGAUUUCGUCUCAGGUGUCGCCGACGGUUGUAUUCAAAGUGGAUGCGCCCUAGUUGGUGGUGAAACUUCUGAGAUGCCGGGUAUGUACCCUGCAGGCCAUUACGAUACUAACGGUACCGCUGUGGGUGCUGUAAGAAAGAGCGACAUACUACCUAAAAUUAACGACAUGGAGGCUGGUAACGUUCUUCUAGGUUUGGCCUCCGAUGGCGUUCACUCUAACGGUUUCUCUCUGGUCAGAAGAAUCAUCGAGCAUGUCGGUCUUGCCUGGGAUGCCGAAUGUCCAUGGUCUUCUAAGAAGACUUUGGGUGAAGGUAUCUUGGUCCCAACAAGAAUUUAUGUUAAGCAAUUGUUGCCAUCCAUCAGAGAAAAACUCUUGCUAGGUUUGGCUCAUAUCACUGGUGGCGGUCUCAUCGAAAACAUCCCUCGUGCCUUGCCAUCACAUCUACAAGCCAAGGUGGACAUGUCCGCUUGGGAAGUUCCUCAAGUUUUUAAGUGGUUUGGCAAAGCCGGUAACGUUCCUUUAGAGGACAUCUUGAAAACCUUCAACAUGGGUGUUGGUAUGGUUCUUAUCGUUAAGAAGGAAAAUGUUGCUAGAGUCAAGGAACUGCUAACAGAAGCCAACGAAACUGUCUACGAGAUUGGUUCAUUGGUUCCAAGAGGUAAAUCCCAACCAGGUUGUGUUGUUGAGAACACCUUUAAUUUGUACUAG